GAAGAAACUGUGGGAUAUCGUUUGGGGCUCGUUUGAAACAGAAAUGCUUCAGUGCAACCUUGCGCGCCUUUGUGGCCGUGUGUUUCGUUACACAGCGCAAAUGUAACAAGUUUACGAACUUAAAAGAACCUUCGAUGUUAGAAUGUAUUAAAUAGUAAAGUAGAACGUGUGUUAGUUAAAUAAAACAACUUAGGAGAGUUAAGAUGAAAUAAUUUAUUGUCCUAUAAUUUAAAGUUUAAGCAGUUCUAGUAAAACUUUAUAAUGAAAUAAAAAGGUGUAGAUUAAUUAUUAUUUAUUAGCUUAUAAUGGCUUUAUUCAGAUUAUAAAUGCUGCCUGUAGUUUUAGUAUUUUCGAUUAAAUGUCGACAUUUCAAAAAUCUGUAAAUAUUCAAGUUGCUAUUUAUAGAAAAUAUUUCGAAAUUAAUUUCAUAAAAAAAAUUAAGUGCUAAAAAUGAAGACAGUUGUGAGUGUUCUAAUUUACAAAAAUUGAAUUUCGAACAAUGUCUUCCGUUGUGUCUCUUGAUGGACGGGAUAGGCCGAAUUUCUUAAAACGGUUGACUGCUGGUUGUAUCAGAGCGUCAUGUUCACAGAUUGGUUUAGUUGUACUAGUGGUGAUGUAUGUGCUUCUUGGUGCUGCACUUUUUGAAUAUUUGGAGUCAGGACCAGAGGUGCAGAAACGAUCCGCAAUUCAAAAGUCGAGAGAGGAAUGCCUGAAAGAACUUUGGGCGAUCACAGAACGGCUGAACGUGCUAUAUGAACGCAAUUGGACAAGACUGGUCCAUGAACAAUUACGCAAAUUCGAAUCGUCAAUAGUUGCAGCGGCGAGGCAAUCUGACGCCCAACCCGCUGAGCUGGCACUAGACACCAAAUGGACCUUCUCCGGAUCACUGAUAUAUUGCAUAACGCUCAUCACUACUAUAGGAUACGGCAACGUUUCCCCGCGAACAUCUGCUGGCAGAGCAGCGACAGUAGCGUAUGCGGCGGCUGGCGUGCCAUUAACCUUGGCUUGCUUAGCAGGCCUAGGAGCAUCUUUGGCAAGAUUAGCAAGACUGGCCUGGCUGCGAGCUACUAAAAAUAAAGUGCCUAAUACUUGGAGAAAAGAUGGCGAGCUAGAGAAUCACUUUCAAUUACACGAGCAGCAACGUCUUCUACCACAACCAGCAGAACAUAACCAGUACAUUUCGUUUCCUCCGAGAAUGCAUAAAUCACCGGGAAUUGUGAAAACGAGAGCUGGUGAUAGGGGACAGUAUUCACAAGUCUUUGAAAAAGCACCAAUGAGUCCCAGAGCUGCAACCUUGGGGAGAGUGAAGCGAAAUGCUUUAUCUGAUGAACCACAAACAUCAUCAGCACUCCAAACACAAACACUCGAUCGUAAGCGUGCAGCAAAUAAUAUAAAAUGUCUCGCAACAGUACAUGGGCCUUCACGAGGCAGAGGGAGAGGUACUAUACAGAGACCUCGAGGUGCGGCGAUAGAACAGCUGAUAGCUGAAGAAUGCGGGGAAAUUUUCAUUAAUCGGAGUCAAGAAGAUCUAGAUGAUUCGGAGGAUCCCGAUGAAGGAAUAUGCCCACAUGAUACACCGUCAAGAGUGCCUUUGAUAUGGAGUGAAGAUAACCACAAGAUGAAGAGUUGUGCUGUACCUAGCAGCAGUGCUUCCACCAGCGUACAACACCAGAAUCAUAGUCUAGAACAUUGUCAUAUACCAGUUGGAAUUGUACUGUUCCUUCUAUUAGCGUAUAUAGCCGUAGGAGCUGCCAUUUUCUCAGUAUGGGAAAAUUGGAGUUUUCUUGAUGCUGCCUAUUUCUGCUUCAUAGCUUUAGCUACUAUUGGUUUCGGAGACUUCGUCCCGACCAGUUUCCUGACCUUAAAGAAUAGUGCCGAGAAUUCAAAGAGCGAAUACAUUCAAAUGAUCGCGUGUUGUGCAUAUCUUGUAUUUGGACUCAUAUUGAUAGCUAUGGCGUUUAGUCUUCUACAGGACGAAGUAGUCGCUCGGUGUACGCAACUAGCCAAUAGUUUAGGUCUUACCCGACAAUGACAAUAUGAGAAGAGCGAUUGUAGCUCAACAGAUAAUCAUUUGAGGAUGUUAUGAUCGUUGUUGUAAGGAGUUACUACAUGAUCCAACUUUUUUCAGGAUCUGUUCUGUACUUCUUAUUAUUAGACAUUGUAUCUCAUGUUAACACUGUAUAGAUAAAUAUCAUUAUUUUCUCAUAUCUGCGUAAAAUUUAACACUAACUAUGAGGAAAUUUGAACCUUUUUACAGUAUUUUUACUCAAGGACAAAAGAUUUGUGAUGUAAAUAAUGUAAAAACUUAUUCAUAAAAGCAAGGCUGAAAUUGUAAUGAAACAAUAAAAUUGUGUGAAUUGUAA